AUGACUCAGCAACCAACUCUAGAGCAGGUUCUGAAGUUGUUCAGGAUGCUCAAAAUCUGUGUUCAAUUUAAACACCCUGAAUUGAAUUUGGGAGAUCACACUGGAAUGGCCAAUUGUGCUUGGCAAUUAUUUCCCAAUUUCUUUCAGCUGAAACCUGCCAUGACUGACCGCCAGCUCCUACACAAUUUGUUUUGGAGCUAUAAUCCCAUUACAGAUUUCCUUCUCUUUUAUGCUAGUCAUAUCUGUCCACCUUUUGCUCUAGACCCAAGGCCACAUCUCCAUCUCUCCCACACAGGAUCUACUUCAGCGUUACCCCUCAGGUAG